UUCAGUGAGUUCAUUUAAGCGUUAUUUAGCAUAGUCUACAGUUGCGUAUUUCUGGUUUGAGAUAAGAACUUAUUUUAUCAUCUGGAAGUAUUAAUAUGAUGGCGAGCUUUUUCCACAUUCGCUGACGUGUAGGUCAUGUGAUGGUGCUGAGAAGAUGGCGUCGCCGAGUGCGGGUGCAGACUUGGAGCAGUCGUUGCUGAGUUUUGAGAAACUAGACCGAGCUUCACCAGAUUUAUGGCCAGAACAAAUGCCAGGGGUAGCAGAAUUUGCUGCAUCUUUCAAAAGUCCCAUUACCAGCUCUCCACCCAAAUGGAUGGCAGAACUUGAGAAAGAUGAUAUUGACAUGCUGAAAGAGUUGGGAAGCCUUACAACUGCAAACUUAAUGGAGAAAGUACGAGGGCUCCAGAAUCUUGCAUAUCAGCUUGGACUAGAUGAAUCACGAGAAAUGACAAGAGGAAAGUUCUUAAACAUCUUGGAACGGCCCAAGAAAUAGCUGUAUAACUCCAAACCGCUUGCUUCUGCAAGAAGACUCAGCACUUGUUCAGAGACAGUCACUGUCUGCUUCAGAUCUACAAAUGCCUUCACGUGGCAUCUGUUCAAACUGCCUAUGUAAUAGUGCAACACAAGACCACAUUUUGUGAAGAACUCAUCUUUUAGCCUGCAAGGCAAAUCGUUUUUAAAUGCAAACAGAGAUCACAAUUAGUGUCGAAGAGACAGAGUUUAGUUUAUCACAUGCAUGUCAAAUAACAAAGUUAUUAUUGUGGUGUACUAAUCUAGAUAUAUUUUCCAUAAUCUACUGUUCUCCAGCAACAGCAGUGAAGUUAUGCAGAAUGAUAGCACUUUAGUUAAAGACAUGUGAUUCUUAACAGCACAUGUCCAUCUUUACAAAAUAAAUAGUAUUACUUCUGAUGGGGUAACAAAUUACAAAAAUAUACAGUGCCUGGGUAUGCAAUUAAACUGCUACCACAAUUCUCACUUCUGAAUACCAUGUAGAUUAAUGCAAGACAGCACAUUUCAAAAGAUGUAACAAUCUUCUAGGUUUGAGAUGAGGUCAGUCGAGCAUUCAGCAUUUCUGAUAAUUUGAUAGAUCAUCUUGUUUUUAUUAUUUUGCUGCCUUGCAGUGUUUUUUAAUUCAUAUAUUGUGAUAGAAUCUAUAAAAAUUUAGUUGACUCUACUGAACUGGUAUUCUUCAAAGUAGAACAACAGGAAGGUUUAGUUGGAAAUUCUCAUGAUACAUUAAAGUACAUUUUCCACCAACAUGGUAUAAAAGACUGGGCUGGCAAACAAAAGAAAAAUUCAAAGGAGGAAACAAAAUAAGAUAUAUUAAUAACAUGCCCAUUGACAAAACAGAGCAAUUAAAAUUGUUUCUGGAUCUUUUUGAUCCAGAGAAAGGCCAUAUGAAAAAAUUGGAAAGAGUACAACAGGUAAGAAAUUCUGAUUUAAAUGCAUGAUUUUUCUAGGGAAGUAAAUUUCACUUUGCUUUUUAUUCUUCCAGUAUCACAUUAAAAUUGACACAUUUAAUUAUUGCCUGAUUAACUUUGAAAGAAAAAAAAACUUACUUUGUUUUACUGACCCUUCCUCCAGGAGGGCUUAGUCUGUAAUGUUCUGUGAUCACCUUGGAGGUUUAAUUAAAGUAGGCUGCUAAGAUUGAAGGUGAAUUUUUGGGACAGGGUUAUAUUAAGAAAAAUAAAUAUAUUUUAAACCAAAUUUUGAUUGAAUAUUUUAUAUUUCGACCCAGCUGGUGGCGUAGUGGGGUGAAAGGUCCCGAGUUCGAAUCUAGCCGGCUCCCCUGCACGCUUUCCAUCCGUGGUGAGUUAUGAGCUGGUGAAGCUCUUUGGAAACUCACCCGGCAGAAGGCAAUGGCAAACCACUGCUGUAACUUGCCUCAUAUGCAGUUCCCCACUACAUCAGAGAGGCGUGGAGGGAAAUCGUCCGCUAACUGGAGAAACUCUGGAUGCGACGUACCUUUCCUUUUAUUUUAUAUUUGAGGUAAAGAACAUAAAGCUAAACUCUUGAUGUACUUUAUGGUAACUUUACACAUCUGGGACAGAUGUCAUUAGAAAUCUUGGGGAGUGGAAGGACCCCAAAUUUUCAUAUCCAGUCUGAUGUGUUGCUCUGCAAGAUACUGUUCAGCCCAGUCUAAUAAACACAAUACCCACUGCAAGCUUCUGGUAAGGUGAAAACCAUCCUUUAAGAAUGUAUUUAUAGCCUUAUUGAGCUUAAGUCUGAUGUUUUGGAAUAAGGAUCAGGGUGAUAUGAUAGGAAUAGACUGACGACAGAUAUAGCUGGAAACUUGACCACUAAAGCAGUUUGGAGGCAUCCCAAACAGAUUAGGCCUUACAGUUUUACUUGUAAAAGGAUUUGGCUCCUAUGUCUCAGUCACAUGAAUCUUUGAGGCCUCUAUUCAAUGGAUUUUUACUUAACGUAGAUGUAUCUGGACCAUUGCUGUUUAAGUUUUAUGCUUGGGUUUAGUUUAUUUUAGACAUGUGAAACAGGACUUAUUUUCUUGAACAGUCUUGUGCACUAAUUAGUCAAAUACUUAUAUGAUACAUUUUAUUUUUGAAUUAAUAAAUGUGAAUUACUUUUUAAAAUAUCUUCUCAAUCAUUUGAAUGCAGCCCUUGGAAAUAAAUAUUUAAUUGAAAAUCAACCACUAUUGCAUUUUCUAAUAAAUGGUUUACUAUGUCCAUUUGGGCAAAUGUGAUUGACAUCUGGGAGGUGUUUUUGGACAUCUGGGAGAUGUUUUGGAGCAAAUUAUUUAUUAAUCAUGAUUGUAAAUAUAAUCCAAAAAUGCUGUAAUGUGCAUCUUGUCCUGAACUACUUGAACUGGAUUUCCAUUGCCCUUCAGAUUGCUGUACAUGGUUGAAAAUUUGAUUUGUUUCACCUGUCAAAUGAAAGAAGUGGAUAAAGAAAAAAAAACAAGGAAAUAGCAAUGGCCAAUUAGGGUGAAUCUGGUGGAGAAAAGAUGACUAAAAGAAAAUACACAUUA